GUACAACCCACUAAAGAACCAUUGCAAUUAAAAAAAAGAAAGGGAACAUAUUCCAAUUUCCUCAUCAGAUCCUCAGUGAAUGGAGAAGGAAACCAAGGUCUGUGUGACAGGAGCAGCAAGCUUCCUUGGUUCUUGGCUUGUCAAAAAGCUCCUAGAACAGGGAUACACUGUCAAUGCGACAUUAAGGAAUCUGGGAGAUCCGAAUAAGGUUGGGCUUCUUAGCAGCCUCCCGAAUGCAGGGACCAAAUUAAGGUUGUAUGAAGCUGACGUGUAUAAUCCCGGUUCGUUCAAACAAGCAAUUGAAGGUUGUGAAUACGUGGUCCAUAUGGCCACGCCCUUGCUCCAUCAACCCCUCAGUUCUCAGUUCAAAAACACAUCCGAGGCUGCAGUUGCUGGAGUGAAGAGUAUUAUGGAGUUGUGUAUUAGAUCUGGAACUGUGAAGCGACUCAUUUACACAGCUUCUGUGACGGCUGCAUCACCUAUAAAGGAAAAUGGAAAGGGCUUCAAAGAUCGGAUGCACGAGUCCUGUUGGACACCACAAGAAAUAACACUUCCCUACAGUAACGAGUUGUUGGCGGAAUAUACACGCUCAAAAACACUUUCCGAGAAAGAAUUGUUAAGGCAUAAUGGAGAGCUAGAGGUUGUGAGCCUCGUUUGUGGCUUAGUGGGAGGUAAAACACUUCUCUCUAGCAUGCCUGAAAGCAUGGCAGUGCUCAUUUCACAACCAGCAAAGAACAAAAGGAGGUAUCGCACUCUAAGGUUUUUGGAGGAAUUGUUGGGAAGAGUCCCAAUUUUGCACAUUGAAGAUGUUUGCAAUGCUCACAUUUUCUGCCUGGAGAAGCCCUCUAUCAAAGGCAGAUUUCUCUGUGCCAGCGCGUACUUGAGCUCUGCAGAUAUUGCGAGCCACGGUCGAAAACUUUAUCCACAUAUCGAGAUACCUGAAGACUAGUGUCAGAUCCAUUGUUGUCUCCCGACGAAUUGACUGUAGAAUCUGAAUGAUCGUCGGAAACCGUAGGCGAAGCUUGUUGCCGGUUGUUAAACCUAAGACCCAAAACACAGGUUCACAGAUUUUGUGAUUUAUUAUAAGUUAGUCAUGCUUUGGUUUCAGGUUUGUGGAGAACUUAGGGAGGGAGAUCUUUUGGGGCUCUGCGAAGCUAGAAGAAGUUGGAUUUGAUUACAGAUGUGAUGUCAAAAUGAUACUAGAAGACAGCAUCAACUGUGGGCUGAGGCUAGGUGAAUGUGGUUUACA